UAAUUAUAAUUCCAAUUAAGGAAGAAUUAGAAGCUACGAUUACCAAUCAUCUUAUAUUUUGGAGGUGAAUCACUUCGCCGCCCUCGCAUCGACGGCGGCGGCGGCUUAGUUGGAUUUUAAGUACGGCCGCAAUAUGUAGACCAAUCAUUACUAUCACUUCACAAAUUGCUCGUGCAAAAAGAAAUGUUUUUUUCUUUUUUAAACUCAAAAGCUCCCACUUCUCCUCCCUGUUCGAACUGGGCCACUUUUUAGGGAUUUACUAACAUUUUACUUCCCCAAUUUUGACUAGUUUAGUUGGUAAUUCUGUAAUGGAGGGUGGGGGGUUGUGCAUGAAUGGGAUUUGCGCUGCAUCCUACUCGCUUAAUUGGAAAAAGGGCUGGCCUCUGCGAUCCGGUGGUUUUGCUACUCUCUGUCAUGAUUGUGGGACUGCCUAUAAAGAUUUGGUCUUCUGUGAAACGUUCCAUUUAGAGGAAACAGGUUGGAGGGAGUGCACCUCAUGCGGAAAGCGUCUUCAUUGUGGAUGCAUUGCUUCCAGUACGUUGCUAGAGCUACUCGACACUGGUGGGGUGAAAUGUGCAGGCUGCAGCAAGAGUUUUCCACAUUCUCGCACCCCCUUAGAAGAAAAACAUAAAGCACGUGAUCUUUCAACAGAAAACGGCACUGAUAGAAAUUCUGAUACGAUGGUACCUGCACAAUCUGGUGAUGAUACUAAAAUGGACUGCCAAGAAUACUUGUUACCAUCUCAGAAUGUCAAUGUGACCUCAAGGAAACUCGAAGAAUCUCUUGCCAGUCCUGAAGGAAUAGGUUAUAAAUUGUUGUCGAGUUCUAAUCAGCCAACUUUUGGACCAUCAAAAAGUUAUGACAUGUUCCAAGAAAGUAGAAGCUUACAUAAGUCGUUAGUUGAGACGAACCUGAGCAUCAGCUUGUCUGCUUCGUCAAACUCAAAUACCAUGUCCGGGGUUAUCACCGAAGAAAGGCAAUUGAACACUGCAAUUUCUUCCUUUCAACAGGGUUGUAGGCCCCACCAUCUCUUACCAAGGGUACCAACCAUUUUGGCUGCAGGAGUAGAAACAAACUCUAGCUCUAUUUCACAAUUACGUGUUGCAAGGCCACCUGUUGAAGGAAGAGUUAAAAGUCAAUUGCUUCCACGCUAUUGGCCACGGAUAACAGACCAGGAGCUGCAGCAGAUAUCCGGAGACUCAAAUUCCACCAUUGUUCCCUUGUUUGAAAAGGUCUUAAGUGCCAGUGAUGCUGGCCGUAUUGGUCGUCUGGUUCUUCCUAAAGCAUGUGCCGAAGCAUAUUUCCCGCCUAUCUCUCAACCGGAGGGCCUUCCUUUGAGGAUUCAGGAUCUGAAGGGCAAAGAAUGGGUAUUUCAGUUCCGAUUUUGGCCAAAUAAUAAUAGCAGAAUGUAUGUUUUGGAGGGUGUAACCCCCUGCAUUCAGUCGAUGCAAUUACAAGCUGGAGAUACCGUUACGUUCAGUCGUAUGGAUCCAGAAGGAAAACUUCUAAUGGGGUUCCGCAAAGCGUGUAACAGCGUUUCAGUACAGAAGCAGGAUUCACUUUAUCCAAUUGAUAUGGGUGCUUUUCAAGGCGAAACGGUCAUGGGAAAUGCCGAAAGCCUCGGCUAUUCUGGCCUUCUUCAGUCGCUAAAAGGAAGCAGGAGUCCUUCGAUGACUCUAUUUCCUAAGCACAUCUACCCCGGGAAUAUCAGCCCCCAAAUCACCGAAAUGAAUGUUUGCAAGUCUGGAGGAGACAAUCUCGCGUUGGUGCCUUCUGAGCGCAAAAGAAGAAACAUUGGGGCAAAGAGUAAACGACUACUUAUUGACGGCUAUGAUUCUUUGGAGCUGAGACUCUCGUGGGAAGAGGUGCAGGAUUUGCUCAGGCCAUCACCAACUGUCAAGCCAAGCACUGUCUCAGUUGAGGAUCAAGAAAUCGAAGAAUUUGAUGAACCACCUGUUUUCGGAAAGAGAAGUAUUUUCAUCGUUCGUCUCCCCGGGGAACAAGAACAAUGGACUCAAUGCGACAAUUGCUUAAAAUGGCGAAAACUGCCACUUGAUCUUCUGCUCCCUCCCAAAUGGACAUGUCAAGACAAUAUCAACGACCCAAUGAGAUGCUCAUGUUCUGCUCCCGACGAAAUGGACGCAAGGGGACUUGAGAAUCUUGUCAGAAUGCACAAGGAUUUCACGAAAAGGAGAGCGUUAACAAGCCUCAAACCAGUACACGGACAAGAAUAUCAGGAAAACGUUGAAGCACAGACAAACGGAGCACCUGCUGGGGUAAACAUGAGCGAGCCAGGAUCUUCAUCUGUGGCAACAACCACAAGACAUCCUAGGCAUCGUCCGGGCUGCUCCUGCAUCGUCUGCAUACAGCCUCCAAGCGGGAAGGGCAAACACAAACCAACGUGCGUAUGCAACGUCUGCAUGACUGUCAAACGACGCUUCAAAACCUUGAUGAUGCGCAAGAAGAAGCGCCAGUCGGAGCGUGAAGCAGAAAUCGCACAGAGGAAUCAAUCUGCUGCCAAGGAGGAAGCCGAGGUUGACAGCGUCCCCAGUCAGGCACCAUCGGAUAAUGCAAAGAGAUCGGAAAGUGAGAAUCUCUUGAAAUGCCAGAGCUGCGAUGGCCCAGCUCAAGAAAAUGCUAAUAAUUUUAAUGGAGGAUUGGACUUGAACUGCUGUCCGGUUCGACAGGGAACUGCACGCAUAAGCAUGAUGAAUUUGCUUCAAGAAGCUAGUUUGCCUUUGGACACAUACCUAAGACAGAACGGUCUUACAAGCUUGGUUUUUGAGCAGCAAGAGAGUUCAACGCCCGUUAUAGCUCAGGCUUCGGGAGAGACGACAACCCCACCUGCACAAGACGAUGCCGGUUGCUCAGCUGUUCAAGAGCAGGAGGGCAGCAGUGACUUAUUGGAUAAAGAACAGAGGGAAGACGACACAUCAUGAUCUCUCUCUUAUGAGUUUGUGUACUUGAAAUCUUGCCAUGAGUGAAGUAUAAAUGGAUUGAGAAGUAAUUAUUUCAUAUAUGGUAAUUAUCUUUCCAUAAAA